AUGCCAAAUAGCGAUUCUGACUAUGAGCCCUCAAUGGAUAAAGAAGAAAUGAAUGAACCUGAUACCAAAGUGACGACGAACACCUCAUUUCCAUUCUUCAGCCUCUCAACGUUGCCUAAAAUGAACAUCGCAGAACAAGAUUUUAGCUAUGAUCCAGAUGAAGCUAAAAAAACUAUGAAUCUUCGACCCUCAGGACCAGUAAGCUUGUUCGGCUCCCAAGCCGGAGUGAUGAACGGGUUUUUUUCGGCCACUCAAGGAAGUCAUCUACAAACACCAGGCAACUUUCAGACAAAUAAGAUAAAUAAACCAGCGGGUGUGGGCAAGAGCCGAGUGUGUGACGGCGGAUCUAAUAAUGUGUCGGAGGUCGGCAGUGCGAUAGAAGAUGGAACGAUGGAGAUGUUCAGAUACGACCCGCAGUCGAUCCAAGGAAGUAAGAAAGAAUCUUUGACUGAUUCUAAGUUGAUUCAGCCCCAUCGUAUGCUCCCGAUGUUCCCCUUUGUCCCAUCUAUAUCGGAAGAGGGUUUAGGUAAGGAUUUUUCAAGGGGGAAGGAGCACGGCAGAGACUAUACCAAACGCGAUUUGAAGCACUUAAAACACUCUUUGAGCAGAAAAUCCUCAGAGUUUCAUGAAACUUUCAAGGGUGUAACAGCCUCAGUCGAAAUCCGUGAAAUGUGCCAAGUCAAAAUCUGGAAGAAGAUGAUUGAAAAAAACAGAUCCCUUUUCAAACUCCCUGAUAAUCUCAAACCUCAAACUUCGGAACAACCUCCACAACAACCGCCUAAAGUAGACCCCGCCCAUACAGAACAGAAAUCAGAACCUGAACAGAUAGAUAAUAAAUUAGAAUCCGAUAAAAUCGACUCUGAUAAGAAGGCAAAAAAAUCCAUUAAAGAUAUGGAAAUGGCAUGGGCAAUUAAUCGAUUUUACACACUCUCAGAUGAAAUAGUGGUUGAUUUGGAUUUGUUCGAAGAAGAAGACGACCUGGAUAGUGAAAUGCACGCGCUGAGAAGGUCGCUGCGGAAACUGUCAAACCUAAAGAUUAAGGUUUACCCUUACCAACUAAUGAAUUAUCCCUCAAAAAUAUCAAAUAAUACCAAUAAAAACCUUUUCUGGUUAAUGGACGAUGAUUUAUCAGAUCAACAAGAUGAAUCAGAUGGAUUGGAAAUAGAUGAACCUGAUCAACUAGAAGCUAAUGUACAAAAACAACAAGAUUUGGAACAAGAAAAACAAAUGGAGAAGGUAGAAGAAUCUGAAUUAAAUGAAAUGGAACCAGAAGAAUUAAAACAACCAGAACAAACAGAUGAGAAGGAAGAUGUGAUUGAUGAAUUGGAAUUGGAGCUGGAGUUGGAAAACGAGUUGGAUGAUAUAGAGAAUGAAUUAGAGAGAGAAUUGUCAAAGGAAACGGUGUCAGUAACGGAGUCAACGGAGCCAAUUUUGGAGAAAAGAAGUGAAGUAUUUGAACGAUUCGGAGAGUUGGAAGAGUUCAACCUCCCCAAAAAAGAAAAUUUCAAUCUCUACGAUUAUAAUUAUAGGUGGAAUAAGUUCAGAAGUGAACUUAACCAUAAACUGACACUCUCAGAUUUCCUGGAAUUUGAAAACCAUAUCAAGAGUUUCUAUGGAAUUACAAGCAGAACUAAUGAUACAGAUGGACAAUCGGUAGGAAAAUCAGAAAAGAAAUCUGAAGAUGAGGUAAACAUAGGAUUACUAUUAAAGUUAUAUAAAGUCAGUAAGACAAACCUGAAGUUAUUGUUGCAUUACAAACAUCCUGAAAUUUCAACAAUAGUAAACAGCGUAAUUUAUGACCUAAACUCAUCAAAAAUUGUGUAUAGCAGUGUUUCUGAGGAUGUAGAUAGCAAGGACGAUUUGUUACUAAAUGUACCAUAUAAAGAAGAUCACGGUGAAUCCAUAAACGAUAGGACCACUGAAAAGGGUGAUAAGGACGAAACUGUGAUAUUGUCAGGUAAAGAAAGUGAUGUUAGAAGACAAUGGAGAAAACGUUUGCAAACAAUGAGCAAAGAAACACGUCUAGCAUUAGUAAACAUGGGAAAGAGUUUAAAGUAUAUUGAGAACGCGUUUAUGAAUAUCGAGUCUUCCAGAGCGUACGAUUCUAUGGUUGAGUACUGUGAAGUUAACACCUUCUUCAAGAACUGCGACUAUGUAAAUAUUCUAAACCACUCAUUUGACUCUCAUUAUCUAUCGCAGGGCCCUCAUGAAACAGGGAAAGAUGAUGAAAUACUCAAUAAGCGAGAGUUAAUACACACAAGAGUAGCAAGAAAUCUAGUUAACAUCCUGCCAUUGGUUGGAAAUAAGGCAAAGAUACACUUUUCAAGGUUCCAUAAACUCGACUUCAGAACAUCGGUACUCAGUAGCAUUUGUGGAAGUAAGAAGAAAAAAGAAGAAGACCAAAAGUGGAGUAUAAAAUGGCAAGUUUAUCCAGUGGUGAAAUCAAUAAUAAAUAUGAAUUAUAAAGAUGAUGACAUAGUUGAUGGGCUUCAAAAUCACUGUAGUAAUUAUUUCGUGAACUCAGCAGACCUGAGUCUGAACGAUGAUACCAAGAUUGUGUUGCUGGAAUACGUAGAACAGUACCCACUACUGCUGAAUAAUAUCGGAAUGACAUCUAGGAUUGAUACUUACAUAAAUUCUAGCGGUGGAAAUGGUAGGGAUAACGGAGAACAAAAUAAUAAAGAAAAUGUGCUGGGAAAUGUAGUAUACAAUAAUGAAUAUGAAUUGUUUGGAGUAAACCAUCAGUUAAAACCCAACGAGAUACAAUCAAUUGUAGAUAACACACUUUUCAAAGCCCCAAUAUUCUACCCACUCAAUUCCAAUGAAGGAAUGGAAAGGAAGAAAAAAACUUUAUUUUGUCCUGAAAAUACACAAUUCGAUCGUGAAAAGACACAACCGGAAACAGAAAAAAUAAAGGUGACAUCGAACAGAGUAUUGAAUAAUAAUAAUGAUAUCUUGAACUUGGGAAUACCAAUGUAUGACUUUAUAAUGACACGAUCCUCAAUUAAUUCACAGUCAAACCAGCCAAAUGAAACAAAUUCUGGUGCAGAUGAGUUGUUGUACAUAAGGGAGUUGGAUAAUAGCCUAUUGUGCACAGUGGGACAAUGUGAGCCUAAAAUCACAAUAAAUAGCCCGAAGAGUAAGAACUAUCUGGAGGAUAACAAGUUAUUGCUGAAGGCGUGGGUGCUAAAGACAGCAAUGAUUAACCCGUUGACUGAUAUGAAAAGGCUACGUAAAGUUGCUAGGAAGAAGUUUUACCCAGUGAUUCCAGAAAAAGAAAUUACAGCAGUACUUAAACAGGUAGAAAGUACUUCAAUUUUCAGUAUGCGUCCACAAGCACUUGAGAAGAUGAUCCAAGCAACAAUAAAACCAGAAGUUGUGUGUUCGUUAGAGAGCACACGAUCCCAGAAAUUCAGAGUCAAAUCGAGAGGAAUCAGCCGUUUGAUGAGCCACGAAGGAAUUUCAGUGGUCUGCUCAAUCCUACAACAGCAGGAAAACCACUUCAAAAGUUCCAUUUCACAAGCACUAGAAAAGCUCAAAAGCCUUAAGAAAACAUACUACACAAGAUUAGUCACGCUGAACAUUGAUCAGAACAUCGUUACAAAUAAACUACAAAAAUUCAAUAUUCCACUCAAUCAAUACACCCUCUACGGUCUUUCACAAUCAUCCAGCGAUAAUGAUAAUUUAAACACAUUUAAUUCCAAAAAUGAUAAUGAAGAAAGUAAGGAAACUCCGAGUGGAAUAAGCGCAAGAGUAGGAUAUAUAGAAAAGAUAUUGAAGUUGACAAGCUGGAAUAUAGCAAAUGAUGUAAGAAUGGUAUUGAAAGGGAAUGGCCAGUUUUCAUUAUACGGUUUAGGAGACCCAUCAAAUUCAGGUUUGGCAAUAAAUUUACUAAAGCGCCAGAUCUAUACGAACAUUAACACAAACAUGGGAAGUAACAUAUACAACAUCAGCAUUGUUGGAAACAACUACGAAGACUUGCGCAAACUCUCGAUGGAGGAACUCUCAAAGCGUCUACUGAUGUACGGAGUCAGUGAAGCCGUAAUUAAAACGCUCCCACGCUGGGACCAAGUGGCACUCGUACGACAAUACCGAGAUGGUUUCGGAGUAGUCAAAAAUUUUGACGACUCCAAUAAGUUCAGAAUCCCACCCAGCGAAUAUCAGUCCCAACUCAGACAAAUCAUACUUAAACAAAAGUCUGUACUCGCACAUUCACGCUUAGAUUACACGGAAGAUGAAUAUGAAGCUGAUGAAAAGGUAGUUAGAAUUGAUUCUACGGAUUUAAUUAAUGUUAACAAGGUCAAUGAUAUAGGAGCUGACUCAUUUGUAAGUGUUGGUAAUGACUCGGUGGAGAAAGUGGACGAUAUAGAGAAGGAAAGAGAAGAGUUAAGACUAUUGAAGGAAUCAAUUAAUAUGAAGAAGAAUAUCGAUUUGGUGAUAGAUGAUAGUAAUUUGAUACCUGUUUUGGGCCUAAUGUGGUUACGCCAGAGUAGGAAAACACCCUCAGAGCCCUUUGGGAGUGAAAGAGCAGUAUUUGUAUACGGCCAAGAGAAUAUAGAAAAGGUGUUACGUUGGAGAAAGCGUUGCGCAGAGAAGAAGACACACAUUCCAAACGAGACUAUCUUUGUGAGCAACGUUAACAAUAACUUUGGAAAACGCAUUUGCCGCAAUUGCGGACAGUCAGGACAUAUCGCAUCAAACCCCAAAUGCCCGCUAUACUCUGGAGAUAAACUCAAACACGACCCACUUUCAAGACAAACACGGAAGGAGCCGGAAGUCGACACCAGUGACGAUGAUUUAUUAACAAAACCAAUCGCAAUCAUGAAGGAUACCGAGUCACUGUUCCAUACUUUCAACACUACUUAUGACUCAGAUAUAGAAUUCCCACUAGAACCUUCAGAAUCUAAGCGGAAGCGUUCAUCGGACACAUUUGACCCUCUUCACAGACUUAAAUACCAUCAAUCGAGUGAUUUCAAGACCAUUGGUACUAGUGGAGUUGAUAUUGCUAGCACUAUUAACGGCGGAGUUAAUGGGCUUAAUAAUAUUAACGGAGUUGAUAUAGAUGAUCACGGUAUAAUAAGCACACCAGACAUUAAGAUAAUAAAUAAAAUAAUAACAAGUAUAGAGAAAGAGAAUAGAUAUAAGCCAUUUAUGAACAGAAUAUCGGAAACCAUCGCCCCAAAUUAUUAUAAAGUGAUUCAGAAACCAGUUUGGCUUUCACUUAUCAAACUCAGAGUCAAAAACAAGUAUUACACAACAAUUUCAAGCCUCAUGACUGACAUUCUUCUCCUUGAAAUAAACUGCAAGCUUUACAACUCAGAGCAUUCACAAAACGCAUGGUUAAGGCACAUGUCACAGAUACUUGUUGACGACCUCAGUUCCAGAAUCUCAUCUCACAUUCAAAACAAGCAACAUGCCAAACUUAUUCAACACAUACACUCAAACCAUAUUAAUUCCUAUCGCAACUCCCUUAAUACUCUCAAUGGCAUUGCUGUAAACACCCAGAAUACUGUUAAUACUGAGGAAACUAGUUUUAACACUCAGCAGACUAGCUUUAGUAGUCAGAUUACCGUUAACACUGAUGACAGUAGUUACAAUACUCAGCAAACUAAUUACAAUACACAAGGUACAGAUUUAAAUACACAACCAACUAAUUACAACACUCAACAAACUGAUUUAAAUACACAAGAUGUGAAUUCCGUUUCUGAUGCCUGA